AUGUCUAUCCUUCUCCCACUCCCAUUCUCAUUUCAAAAAUCAACACAUCGUUCCUUCCACGACACCAUCACCACCAUCUCUUCCCACCUACACCUUAACCGGAUAUGGACACCUGGUAUCACACAUACAACCUCCCACUCUCCUUCUCUUCCCUUCCACUAUAUAUACUCUCUCUCCACCUCCCCUAGUGCUUCUUAUCGGAAACAAAGUGAUAGGUCUAGGUCCAUCUCUACCAAAUCACCUAUUCGACCUACCACUAGCAAUUUGAUAAAGUCAGAUAUAAAGAACCAAAUUGAUUAUUUACCUCUACCACGUUUUAUACCAACUACAAAAGCUUUGUUCAUUUUUUCAAUACCUUUCCCUCCAGUAGAUUGGCCAUCACAUUUGACACUACUUUCACCUUUAUUAACAAGGACUUUGAAGGUAUUACAACCUCUUAAAAUUUCAGUGAAUGCUAUUUAUGAUCCUCCUUCACCUCUUCCUUCUCCACCAAUUCCUUCCCCCCUUCCUUCUUCUUCUAACUCCUCUGACUCUUCUCCCUCUAAAGAGAUAUACCUUGCGAGAUUAUUUUACGCAGAUGGUCAAAUAUUCACCUUUCCACAUUUCUCCCUUGACACCCUGAACACUACAGAUUUCAAGAGGGCCAUUGAGUAUACUCCGUAUUUAACGACAGUACUAGGGAAUUCCAAGACUCAACCUAAGAAGGAAGAAGAUAAAUACGAAAUACUAGUUUGUACACAUGGUUCAAGAGAUUGUAGAUGUUCCGACAGAGGUAUACCUCUCGUCAAUUCUCUAAGGGAGGAAAUCAAGAAGAGAGGGAUGGAAGAUAAAGUUAAAGUGAAGGAAGUGGGUCAUGUGGGUGGACAUAAAUACGCAGCAAACGCCAUUAUCAUCCCUUCAUUAGAUAUGUAUUCUAAUCUGUCACAUACUCAUUCGAGGUCGUUACUAUCACAUAUACUCAAUCCAUCAUCUCCCGAUAUGAGCGAAUCAGGAAUACGGGAUCAUUGGAGAGGAAGGUACGGUCUGACGGAAGAACAACAAUUAGAAUUAUGGAAUUCUUUAUCUUCAUCAUCAUCAUCUUCUUCUUCUUCUUCAUCGUCAUCAUCAUCAUCAUCGAAAGAGAAGAGAUUCGUCAGAUUAAAGUUCAGAACUUAUCAAGGUGAGAUCAAAGAGGUUGAAGCGAGUUUAGGUAAGACGUUAUUGGAAAUUGGGAAAGAAAAUGAUUUACCGUCUUUAGAAGGUGUUUGUGGUGGGAAUUUAGAAUGUGCAACUUGUCAUUUAUACAUUUUCCCAAAUCCUCGUCUUCCUCCUAUCCCAUUGGAAACAGAAGAAGAGAUGGAUAUGUUAGGAUACGCGAUUGAUUAUAAACUUGAAAGUAGGUUAGGUUGUCAGAUUAAAGUGACGGAGGAAUUGGGAAGAUGGUGUGAUGAUGGUGGUUUGAUAGGAUUACCAAGGUAUUGA